AUGGGAAGUUACUCAAUAUAUCCCGCAAGUUCUACAACGGCGGUCAAACUCGCACAUGCCAUCAUAUCCAAGUCAAAGAACACAGUGUUAAACAUGGAUAUAAAAAGUGCCUUCAGGUCCUCAAAGGCGACAAAAGUUAAAAGCACGUACACGGAAAAUGCAAGUGCAAUCAUCCGAAAAGAAUUAGAGCGACGUGAUCGUCGUGCUGAUAUGCUAGCAGCAACGACAUGCAAUUGUACUCAGUCUGGCAAACCUUAUAUGGGAAAUAAAACGCAAACAGAUUUCUACACAGGGGAGGUUAAAAAUGACGGUGAGAAACAAUGCAUGAAGAAACAAUUUCCUAAGGCAAUUUUAAUUGGUUUGACAAAAGGGGGCACUUCGGCUCUUAUGACUUUUCUUAAGUUUCAUCCAAUGAUAGCCUUAAGAGCAUAUGACCCUAAAGACACGAAAUAUUUUAAUCAUUAUUAUACGAAAAGGCCACUUGACUGGUACAGAAAUAUAAUGCCAUGCAGCUACCUUCACCAAAUCACCAUUUCAAAGUCAACUGAGUAUUUCUUCACGCCGGGAGUUGCCGAAAGAAUUCGACACUUUGACCCUUCAAUGAAAAUAUUACUGAUGGUUAGGGAACCUAUUGCAAGAGCGUUGUCACAAUUUGUUAUGUGGAAAUAUCAGGCUAAAUAUAGAAUUGGAGAUACGUCAUUUGAAGACGCAGUGACUACAGGAAUUAAUAAAGAAAUUGACGAAUAUUCCGCACUUAUUUCUGGUUCGAAUUAUCAAAGACACAUGAAAGCAUGGUUAGACAAUUUUAGUUUUAAUCAGAUUUUAAUAUUAGACAGUUUAAAUUUUGUGCAAAACCCUGCGGAGGAGUUAAACAAAUUGGAGGAUUUUGUUGGAGUGGAACGUUUCUUUACGGAAGACAAAUUCGUUUACAAUGCAACCAAACAUAAAUAUUGUUUCUCGCCGCAUGAUGGUAGUAUAAAUUGUAUGGGCUCUAACAAAGGAAUUCCUCAUCCAGUUAUAGAAAAAGAACUGAGAGUAGAGCUUGAAGAGUUUUUCAGACCUCGAAAUAAGAUGUUCUUUAAAAUGAUCAAUAGAAGCUUUGACUGGGGAUAUUAA